AUGGCAGAAGUGAAGCUCUUUAGGUCAUGGUCAAGUCCUGUUGCUUUGAGAAUAGUUUGGGCACUGAAACUCAAAGGUGUCCCAUAUGAAACAAUCUAUGAAGAUCUUUCAAACAAAAGCCCUUUGCUUCUUCAGUAUAACCCUAUUCAUAAGAAGGUUCCAGUGCUUGUGCACAAGGGAAAACCAAUUGCUGAGUCACUUGUAAUUCUUGAAUACAUUGAUGAAACUUGGAAGGAAAACCCCUUGCUGCCUGAAGAUCCUCUUGAGAGAGCCGCCGCACGCUUUUGGGCCAAAUUUAGUGAUGAGAAGGUUUUGCCAUCUAUUUGGGAGUCAUUUACCAAUGAAGGGAAAGAGCAAGAGGAAGCUAUUGUAAAAGCCAAGGAGAACUUCAAGUACUUGGAAGAAGAGCUAAAGGGAAAGAAAUUCUUUGGGGGAGAGAAGCUUGGAUUAGCAGAUAUCGCACUUGGAAUGCUUGCACACUAUGGGAGUGUGUUUGAAGACCUAGCCGGAAUGAAAUUAUUAACAGAAGAAGAAUUUCCAUUGCUAUCAGCAUGGAAAUUGACUUUUGCAGAUGCUCCUAUAAUCAAAGAUAAUUGGCCGUCUAGAGACAAACUCGUUGCCAAAUUUCAGGCUACCCGUGAGGAUCAACUUUUGAAAAAAGCACCAAAAUGA